AUGCCCAAAGCACCUGGAGGAGAUGCGCGUCAAAUGAGACGUCACAACCCAUUGUCGGAAGACUACGCACCUUCAAACCCGCACAAGCAAAAAGCACCGAAGAGGAAAGGCCGCUCCAACGCCGGCGACGAGGACAAUGAACAACAAGCAUACAUCGACUCGAAAGCGUCAAGGAAGAUUAUCGCUCUAGGACAGGAUUUGACUGCUGAGGAGGAUGCCGAGCUCGAGGCCCGCAGACCGCAAAACGGAACGAAAUCAGCUUUUGAAUUUGAGAGAAGUCUGCGCGAUGACGAGGAUUCUGACGAGGAGGGUGGUGUUCCGAAUGAUGACGAGGCAUGGGGAGAUGAGGAAGACGAGGAGGUAGAAGAGGUCGAGGUGGAUCCUGAGGAUCUGGCCAUGUUCAACAAGUUCAAUCCCGAAUUCGACCCUUCGACACUGUUGGCACCUGGGUCAGCAGGAGACCAAGGAGAGAGCACCAACCUUGCAGACUUGAUUUUGGAGAAGAUUGCACAGCACGAGGCCAGCCAGGCACAAGGGCAUAUCAUCCGUGGUGGUGGUGCUCCCGAGGACGCCAUCGAAUUGCCUGCAAAGGUCGUCGAGGUCUACACACAGUACGUCGAAAAGGAACCUCUCAGAAACACUGCCUUCAGCUAA